ACUUCACUUCCUCUCUGGGCUCCUUCAUGCAACUCAUCCCAUGGUUUCUUCCAGCAUUUCCUCCAGAACCCGAAGUUAUGUGGGUAGGUCGGUAACUCCCACGUUCACCCCCACAACUCUCAAUGCAAAACAACGCAACCCGCCCGCCAUUUUGUGCGGCCACCACACGCCGGGGCGGGGAUUCGAACCCGCGGCAACUCCGCCCUUCCCCUCCGCCCUUCGCAGGCGGAGUAACUUGUCCGCCGCAGGCCACCGUCUGCCGGCUGUGCGCUGCCGUGCGGGUCCGGGCGGGUACAGCGGGAGCAGGAGGAGUCGUCCUGCGUGUGCGGUCAGUCCGGCCCGGCUGUCGCGCCGCCAUGAGCGAGAAGGGCGAGCUGGACCUCACCGGGGUCAAGCAGAACACGGGCAUGUGGUUGGUGAAGGUCCCCAAAUACUUGUCUCAGCAGUGGAGUAAGGCCUCAGGAAGAGGCGAAGUGGGAAAACUGAGGAUUGCCAAAAAUCAAGGAAGAACAGAAGUGUCAUUUACUUUGAAUGAAGAGCUUGCAAGCAUCAGUGAUAUUGGAGGAAAACCUGCUGCUGUCAGUGCACCAAGGGAGCAUCCAUUUCUUUUGCAAAACGUGGGAGGACAGACCUUAACAGUGUUCACAGAAAGUUCAACAGAGAGCCAACCAGAAGAGAAAUCUGAAAGUGGCAGCUAUGAUAAACUUUCCCUGGAAGGAAUAGUGGUGCAACGUGCUGAAUGCAGACCCGCAGCUAGUGAAAAUUACAUGAAACUGAAAAGAUUUCAGAUAGAAGAAUCUUCUAAACCUGUAAGGCUAUCACAGCAACUGGACAAAGCAGUAACCACCAAUUACAAACCUGUGGCUAAUCAUCAAUAUAAUAUUGAAUAUGAAAAGAAAAAGAAGGAAGAUGGAAAACGGGCUCGAGCUGAUAAACAACAAGUAUUGGACAUGCUCUUUUCAGCCUUUGAGAAACAUCAGUAUUACAACAUUAAAGACCUGGUGGACAUAACCAAACAGCCAGUGAUAUACUUGAAAGAAAUUCUAAGAGAAAUAGGCAUCUACAACGUGAAGGGGACCCACAAAAACACAUGGGAGCUGAAGCCAGAAUAUAGACAUUACCAAGUAGAAGACAAAAGUGAUUAAGGAAACUGUUGAUGAAGCAAAAGAGAACGGUGGUGGAGAGUGAUUGCAGUGAGGGAGCUGUCGUGGGUUUGCAGACAGGACUGAGCACAGCCUAAUUCUGCAAGGUUAAAUUUAAAUGAAAAUAACCAAUACUUUGUAAUUUUCUGUAGCUCCGUUUGUUUUUCAAAGGAAUAUUUCUUUUAAGUUUCUAUAAAUGUUUGUCUUUUGACAAAAAAAAAUAUUUAUAGAAUAAACUUGGAUUAGAAUUAUCUUUAAUAGAAA